CCGGCCCAGGCCUGCGCGGUGACUCCCUGCUUGUCGGUCCGAAAUACUCGAGGGUCCGCCGCGGAAGGCGUUUGCCGUGCACGUGGCCGACCCGGGUUUGGGCCUGGCACCCUGUAGGGGUCGUCUGAGCACUGUCCGGAGUGAUCCUGGAGCACAGAGCCGGGAGUCAGCCCAGAGCACCUCCAGCAUGGAGACCGACUGCGACCACCUGGAGCUGGGCGGCAUGUCCGGCUUUGAAGAAGGCGCGGAGCUGAACGGUUUCGAGGGGACCGACGUGAAGGACAUGAGGCUCGAGGCCGAGGCGGUGGUGAACGACGUCCUCUUCGCCGUCAACAACAUGUUCGUCUCCAAGACCCUGCGCUGUGCCGACGACGUGGCCUACAUCAACGUGGAGACCCGGGAGCGGAACAGAUACUGCCUGGAGCUCACGGAGGCCGGGCUGCGGGUGGUAGGCUACGCUUUCGACCAUGUGGACGAUCACGUCCAGACUCCCUACCAUGAGACCGUGUACUCCCUGCUGGACACGCUCAGCCCUGCCUACCGGGAAGCGUUUGGAAACGCGCUUCUUCAAAGACUGGAAGCUUUACAAAGGAACGAACAGUCAUGACCAAGCACUUCCGUUUAGAGGGGAUGGCGGCUGGUACAGAAUAUUGACGUAAGGCUUGAAAUUUUCACCUGUGACCAGUUUUGCAUCGGUCAUGACGGAAAGUGCAUCUUUAGUUUGUGUUUUGAUCAUUUCUUCAGAUGUCGGCUUUUGACUCCGAAUGUGAUUGACUAAUGAGUUGUCGUUUUCGUUUCUCGUCCAUUCAGGGGCAUUGCUGGAACGCCAUCCUGUAGACUCUCGAAUUUCUUUACGUAGUAUCUGUCCAUUUCAAAACCUGACCAGUAUUUCAUUCUAUUACAGGGCUUCAAUGCUGCCAGCACAUUCUCUUAUUGAGGAAAAUCUAGAUUUGCACAGUAAUUCAGAAGUUGAAAUGACCUAAUUUCAAACUUGGAUUCAGUUUGCAAAAUCAGGGGGUUUACUACUAGCUUGAGCUGAUUUUGUAGUAAGUUCGAUACUACUGGCCUUAUUGGAAACAAAUUAUCAACUAGUUUCCCCUGCACAAAUUUGAAAUUCACUGCUUCUCUUAAUCUAUUUGCUAAUAUGGACUGAUAAAUUACAUAUGACUUAGUAUUAAAUGAAAAGCAGGUACUGAAAUAGUUCUGAUUCCUUGUUUGCCACAGCCAGCCAACUAAGAGGACAAACCGCUAGCAAAUGAAUGUAAUAUUUUUUCCAAUAUAUUUAAGCACAUAAGCAAAUGUAGGAACAGCUUCGUUCUUUUUUCUUAACAAAAAAAAAGCAUCUUCAAUAUGUAUGAUUGAAAAUGAAGACGAUUCUGAUUUCCUAGAAAACACUAUUUUGGCCUGUGUUGAUUCUUAUUCUGAAUGUUUGUUUACAUAUGUACAGUAUAUAUUCAGAAGGUAUUUUUGCUUCAACAUUUACUCUCUAUGAUGUAGUGCUUUGGUAUUCCCAUAACACCUCUCCCUCCCGGCAGAUGUGCAGUGUUCUGUCUCAAUGCUAAGUCUGCAAUGUCUCCUGAGUGCAUUGUAUGGGUCUGAAACCAAAGGAUGAAUGAAGCAUUCAGACACUUGAUAUUUGAAAAAGGAAGACUGUGUAUUUUGUAUUUUCUUACAGGUAUUAAACUUUAUAAACUUAAUAAACUAUACCAUGCUGCUAUGUGUUUUCAAGUACAUAUUGAGUAAGGGGAUGUUGGGGGUCGCGAUUUUCAUAGUCUUCUAAAGCAGCAGCUGUAGAAACGUUGAGCUAAAUUCCUGCCUCUUCAUAAAGGAUGCAUUUUCAUAAGUUGGUCAUUUGCAGACUCUUUUUCUUUUUUAAAAAAAAUCAUUAUUAAUAGGUUCUUUUUGGUUUGAAGAUCGUGUAGACUAGAUAGAUCAUGUAGACCAGAGCAAACUAAUGUUCAGUUUGGGUCCCUGUGUAUGAAGUGUGAGUACUUCACAGGAAUGCUCUCAUCAUUGAUAAAUGCAUAUUCAUUCUCAGCCUUUCAGAUGCUUAACUCUUGGGCAGUGAGUCAUAACUUCAGGUUGAACUUUCUCACAAUCUCAGGCUAACUGUAAAGAAUAUUUGUAACGUUUGAAUAAAACUGUUCACUCACUUUGAGUUGCGAAGAAAAAUGAUUGUAUGUUUCAUAAUUGAAAUUGUUGAUCUUGUGAUAAAUGAUUGACUCCAAGA